CGGCAGUGGCGGAGACUGUGGCUUUAAGAGAGCGCCCGGAGCCCGGGAUCCGGCCGGGCGGUCCUUUGCUGCGGCGCAUCCCCGUGGAGCCAAGCCUGGCGCGGGCCGGACGGUGCAGCUUGCAGCCGGGCUGCUGAGCACCGGCCGGAGACCUCUGCUUGAGGGUCCUUCCUCUGAAGACAUCGCCAGUGUGUGGAGCCCGCCCCACACCCACUCCCUGCCACACCACGGCCUUUACCUGUGUCUUCCGGUGUUUCCCCUGCGACCCGUCCUGUGGGAGUGCCUCGUGGGCUGCCCCAGAGUUCACCCCACGCUCAGCGGCGCCAAUGGUGAAGAUGACAAGAUCCAAGACUUUCCAGGCCUAUCUGCCUUCCUGCCACCGGACCUACAGCUGCAUUCACUGCAGAGCCCACUUGGCCAAUCAUGAUGAACUCAUUUCCAAGUCGUUCCAAGGAAGUCAAGGACGUGCAUACCUCUUUAACUCCGUAGUUAAUGUGGGCUGCGGGCCUGCGGAGGAGCGAGUGUUGCUAACAGGACUGCACGCAGUCGCAGACAUUUACUGUGAAAACUGCAAAACCACUCUGGGCUGGAAAUAUGAGCACGCCUUUGAAAGCAGCCAGAAAUAUAAAGAAGGGAAAUACAUCAUUGAGCUGGCACACAUGAUCAAGGACAAUGGCUGGGACUGAGCCGGGAGCCGCCGCCGCCAGCCGUGUCCGCGUGAACGCCACCCAACUGAACAUUCUACCCAAGCGUGAGAGAGUGACUGGACACUUGGUUCCAUCCAUGUAGGGGCCUGGCCCCCUGGGGCAUCCGCCCACCCCGACGCCGUCUUUCUGGUGACCGGCCUCUAAAUCGCUGUCUCUCUGUCUCUAUGCUUUGUAUCUGUUUGUGAGUUGAUCCUGGCUUCUCUCUCUGUUCUCGUGUUGGCUGAAAACAAAACAGCAAAAGGAACAGACGCCUGACCGCAUGGCGGCAGCCCACGCUGAUCAGGGCCUGGGGCCCACGUGAGAGCUGCCUGACGGCCUCUGGUCGGGGGAGCAGUGCACGGCGGGGUGUGAGCAAGGGGGAACUUUGAGGGUUCCAGGGUGGGCAGGGGACGGGAGGGGAGAGGUAGGGACACAAUUGUGCUACUCCCGGAGACCUGGUAACUUAGGCUUGAAGUAACCAAGUUGUCUAAAAGGACAAAGAGAAAAAAAAUACCUCAUGGCCGUGCUCUCUCUGAUCAGAAGUUUCUGCUCCUGACACCACAGGGGCCAGGUGAGCAGGUGGGCCCCAGAGUGGCCCUAAUCCUAGCUGGCGGGGCAGCGGCCUGCUUCUCCUGGGCCAGUCGGGGUGUCUGGAGGCUGUGAGUGAUUGUGGGGGAAGCCCAGCUGGGUUUGGAUGACUCUGGAGCCCCACCGCUCCUCUGGGUAAUCUUCGUUUCCUCUCCAGCCACCAGAGGUGAGAGGAGGGGGACUGCCAUUUGCAAUGGGUGCAAAAUCCAAACAUCCCAAAGGCUGUGACCAGGAACCAGGUAAAAAUCAGUAAUUGAGGAGAACAGGGAACAAGGAGCUGCAGUUCGCGGGAGCUCUUGCAGAAAUGGCUCAGAUAUUGGGCUCGGAAAAAACUCCAUGUAAAACCAAUUAGCAUUUCUGCGUGUCUGACCGUUUCCCUGGCCCUCAGUGAGAGGAGAGAGCGCCGUGGCGAGGAACGGGGUGUGGGGGGCGAAGCUGGGAGGAGCCUAGCUUUGAACCACUGCAGGUGCGGUGCCUCUUCCUUCCGUCUCUGGUGUGCAGCAGCUUCAGGGAGGUCAGCAGUUCUCCGUACAUAGAGUUUUGGGGUGGUUUUCUCCAGUUCUAUCGUCAUAGUUUGUGGAAAACAAAGUCCCAAGGGUUUGAGCUUAGUGAUAGCUUGAAUGUGAAGAAAACUGUCCGAAUGGUCCAGUAGGGGGAGGGAUCAGACUUGAUGUCAGAUGUCAAAUUUUACUAUUACCCAACACCCCCGCUCCUCUCCUCCUUAUCAAAGUUCAUUAUCUUAGGUGAAGUGGAGAACAAAUCCCUGUGAGGCUCCUGAGAGAGGGAGGAGUCUGUUACAUUUAAUCAACACUGUGAAGUCUGUUCCACAGCAGUUUAGCCAGUACACAGCGCAUGACAGAAACUCGUUGAGCUGAGUUCAUUUCAUUGCUUGGACUGAAAAUAUUAUUGUUCAGAUAUGUGUAAGUUGUGUCAGGUAAUCCUCAGUAUCUCAUUCUCCAGGUAGGCUGAUCCUACAGGAAUAUUCACCUUAGAAAUCACAAAAGAGUGUGUUCAUGGAGACAAGAGUCUAUAAAAUUGAUUAACCAAGAUUCAAGCAGCCAACCCAGGAUUUUUCAGAAUUGAACCAAAUUCCCCUAGGGCAGUGGUUCUCAACCUUCUGGCCCUUUAAAUACAGUUCCUCAUGUUGUGACCCAACCAUAAAAUUAUUUUCAUUGCUACUUCAUAACUGUAAUGUCGCUACUGUUAUGAAUCGUCAUGUAAAUAUCUGAUAUGCAGGAUGGUCUUAGGCGACCCCUGUGAAAGGGUCGUUCGACCGCCAAAGGGGUGGCGCCCCACAGGUUGAGAACCGCUGCCUAGGGAAUGGGUCGGCGGUGGAAAUGCCUUUUUGUGUCUCUGUGUGCUGACUGCAGGAUGGGGGGCCUGAGAUGGCGUGGUCCUGCCGGCCGAGGUGGACAGCAGGACAGAAGGCAGGGGGCUCCAGGCUCACAGUAGACUGCCUCUGUAAGACUUCUGAGUUUUAGAAAUGGAACUUUGUUCCCAAAGGCUUCUCGCCCACAUCUUCGGUGCUUUAGUAGCCCUGGGAGAUUUUGUUCUCCUCACAUUACUGAAAAGCAGACUGAAGUUUUUUUUAAAAAAAAAAAAGUAUUGCGUUUUUCCUCCCAGAGAAAUAGUUCCUCUGGUUCCCAGGCACUCCCAGGCCCAAGAUCUCAAAAAAUAAAUUUUUUACGACUUUCACAUUCCUCAGCGGGCUUGCCAGCCCAGAAGUCAUAGAUUCCCUUCCAGCCCCCUGAAGGUAGUGGCCUUCAGUUACGAAUUUUGAUUAGCCCCCUUGCUCAGGGAAUGUCCUGGCAAUUGAUACUCCUUCCCAUAAUAAGAAAACGGGGCUAAACAUGGGUAAGUGUUUUGUCUUUGAAAGUAAGAAUGGAGUAUGACAACAGAGAAACCAGACAUGAGGUGCCCUGGAAUUUUCAACAGAAGGAGACCGAUGUGUCCCUCUUCUUCCUUGGGGGUGGGGCCUGCACGGAUCAGCCCAGGCUCCAAUAAGACCCUGGUUUUGGUGUUUUGGUUUUUUUGUUUGUUUUUUAAAUUAAUAUUAUCCAUUGAGCAUCCAGGGGUGGAGGGCACCAUACGUGGUGCAAAAAGACCUGAGUAAAAUGUUGUUUUUUUCCAUAAAUAUAGAAAAACAAAAACCCAACUCAUUAGGCUUUCCCUUCAUGUCAAUGAAACCAAAAGUGCUUCUUAAACCUUCAGCUCCAUUCAUGGCUUGUCUGCCUGACGUCUGGUGGUAUCAGAGAGCCCUCGGCUGAGCAGUGGAGAUGCAUCAACGCAUGGCCUCAGUCACUUCAUUCUUUAAUUUUCCUCACCAAAUCAUUGACUCAGCAUAACCAAAGACCUCGUCCACUCACCCCUGGUAGGUUCAGGGAAUUGGGGUUGAGGGAGUAAGGAAGGGGAGGCGAGGAGUGAGAAAGGAAUCGGCCCAGAGUUCUGUGCCUCCAGCAGCUGCCUUCAUUGUCCGCUCAAGUCCAGCCACAGACGCUCCAGUUCCAUCCCAGGUCACAUGGCCUUGGUGGCCCUGGCUGACACCCACCCCAGCCCAGCCCAUCCUUGCUGUUCGUCUCAGGCUGCUGAUGGGCUGAAUUGGCACGAAUCAAAUUCAGCCGAAGUUAAAAGCCACAGAUUGUCAUCUGGGCCUGACUGAGUGGUGCCCCGACUCCGUGGACAGUAGUAAGAUCAGGGACAUAGGAUGGAGGACAUCUUUCCUGGCAGGUCAGUGUGUGAAAUAGAGGCAUCCCCUUUAUACAAAGAUUUUCAAGUGGGUAUAUAUAAAAGAAACAGUUGCUUGUGAAUAUAUACUUUUGUAAAUAAUAUUUAAUUUUUUAAAUAAUAUAUUUGGUGCUGUUUUCUCAGAUCCCCUGAGAGCACUUUUUAUUUUUCAUUUUUAAAUUUUAUGGUUUUUCUCUGCAUUUCUUGAAGUAUAUUUUAAGGGAAACAGUGAUCACCAAUGUAUUCUUUUUUAAAAAAAUAAAAAAAGAUCUCCGUCACAUUAGUCUGGAGGCAAUAAAGCAAUGCCUUGCUGUAUUUUUCCCCAUUGGAAUGGACUCUACAUUAGCAGGUUGAGAAUCCAAGUAUUUCCUUGCACCAGUAUUGGCUAGAAAAGAAAUAAAUAUAAUCAAAUAAAUUUAGUAACAGAGUGAAACAAAUUGGAAAAUUGGAAUCGUGUGUGUGUGCGUGUAAAGUACUUUGGAUUGUGCCUCCUGUUUUUUUUAUUGGGGACACUAUACCUAUAGUUUACACCUUGGGCACAUAAUGAUUUCCCUUCUCUUUCUCUCUGGUGGUAGUUUUGUUCCUGAGUGGACCAACAGCACAAACCUCGGGUCUUGUUUUCCUGAGCGUGGCACUGUUGCCGGUUUACUCCCGUUUCUUUCCUUGUGUGCUCAACUUUUCCAGACCUUAAAGGAAACCUGUUUGUGAAGAUCAGGCAGAGUCAGAUCUGUGGUUUUCUGAGAUGUGAGUGUCUGCAUCACACAUCCCAGGGCUCCAGUUGUAGAAGCCACAUCAUGGUAAAACAUGGACUGGUUUGGGUUGAAAGAACAGUAAGAAAAUAAUGCACGUACCUUGUUAAUAGCAGCUUUUUAUUAAAAAAAAAAAAAAGUUCAGAUUGACCCAGGAAGAGGCUGAGAAAUCAAAUCUUGAACACAGUCAACUCACAUGUUUUUUAAGUCUGCCUCAAGUGAGAAAAUGUGCUAAUAAUGGUCUAGGUAGAGGAAAGAGAUGUUUAAUUUUAAAAAUUAAAAUACAGGCAUGAACUCUGCCAGUAAUAUAAGGUAAAGCAAGAAUAAACAAGCUAUUCUCAUUUUUCCAAAUUCUAUCUGCCCAUACGUUUUGUAUAAAAUUUCAGCGAGAGUGAGAGUUCCCUUCUCCAACCUGCAGAGGCGAUCUUUGAAUACAGAGUCUAUUUAUGCUCGUGUUUACAAACUACGUGUUGGGUUUGGGUUUUGUUACUUUCUUUUGUUUAUCUUUUUGUUGUUGUUGUUGUUGUUGGCAUUUUUCAGGUCACUUUGCUUUAAUAACAAAGAUGAUUAUUUUCAAAUAAUUUGUCAUCACCUUUUCCUGUAUUUGUACAUAGUGGUUCAGUAUUAGAGAAAAGUGCAUUGUUUCUGUCAUAUUUCCAAUCUGUGUUGGUGCUCAUUUGAGAAAAUAAAGUUUUCAAAUAUGAA